AAGUCCCCCCCCCCCUCUCUCUCUCUCUCUCUCUCCUUCCCUUGCCGGGCCUUUUUCUCUCCGCCUCAGAGCUUCGUGAGGUGGAACUUUUCAAACUUCGUGGCUCUUCAGUCAUACGAGCGGUGACCUUGGUGUCAGCACAUCUGCUCCCCGCACAGACCCGAGCCGGCCCGGGAGUCGGGAGUGGACCCUGGUAGCGCUGCUCAUACUCCCAGAAGCUCAAGACAUCUUUGACCUGACGGCCCAGUCUGGAGAUGGACCGAGCAUCGUGGCGCUCUGUGGCCGCCUCUGUUUAAACCGAACCAUCAUGCUGCCUCAGCGGCUCCUCUGCUUGCUGCUGUGUAGCGACAUCGGUGCCGCUCCGCUCCGCCGGAGUCCCGGUCCUCGUAAUGACGCUACCACCCCUGAGAGGAAUGCACUGAGCAGGUCGUGCCCCCCACAAACAGCCAGCCGCGUAGCCGAGUUUCCCCCGCUGGGCCCGAAACCAGCCAAGCUACAGGGAGCGCUGCGCCAACGCUCUGUGCGUAAAAGUUCUGCACUAAAUAGACAUUUACGCACAGAGGAGAGCAGGCGAAAAGCUCAGUGUGCUGUGGAAGAAGGGCUGAAAAAAAACGGGCAUGGGCUUAAAUGCGGAAUCAGAACAGAUGAGAAGGAUCCGAGGUUCAAUCAGAACCGGAGGAAGCGAAGCGAGCCGCUGUUGGAGGCGUCGGUCGCUCUGCCGGUCGCUAUGGCGCAGGAGCGUGACCCCCGGUUCCCCUUGAUAUUCAACAGCAGCGACUAUGAGGAGGAGGAUUAUUCCCUGCCGGACACUCCUGACACCUCGCCAGGGAACCCGCGGACCAGACCCAAGCAGAUGAAGAACCCAUUUUAUCCCCUCACUGCCGCGUCCUACGGAGCCUGGGCGGUGCUGCUGGUGGCCGCCGUCAUCUUCAGCGUAGGCAUCAUUGGGAACGUGGCGCUCAUGUGCAUUGUGUGUCACAACUACUACAUGAGGAGCAUCUCCAACUCCCUGCUGGCAAACCUUGCGCUCUGGGACUUCAUAGUUGUCUUCUUCUGCCUGCCGCUCGUGGUUUUCCAUGAGCUCACCAAGAACUGGCUGCUGGGAGCGUUUUCCUGCAGGAUCGUCCCCUACCUGGAGGUGGCGUCUCUCGGGGUCACCACCUUCACACUGUGUGCUCUGUGCAUCGACCGUUUUCGUGCAGCCACCAAUGUGAAGAUGUACUAUGAGAUGAUUGAGAACUGGGCAUCCACCACAGCCAAGCUGGCAGUCAUUUGGGUUGGAGCAUUGCUGCUGGCUUUACCUGAGCUGCUCAUCCGACAGCUGGUGACAGAGGACCGUGACCCCCCCGAUGUGUCGCCCUGUGAACGUUGUGCGGUUCAGAUCUCCACUGAGCUCCCAGACACGCUGUACGUCCUGGGGCUGACCUAUGACAGCGCACGCCUCUGGUGGUACUUUGGCUGCUACUUCUGCCUGCCCACACUGUUCACCAUCUGCAGUUCGCUGGUCACUGCCAGAAAGAUCCGCCAUGCUGAGCGAGUUUGUGUACGAGGGAGCAAGAAGCAAAUCCAGCUGGAGAGCCAGAUGAACUGUGCCGUGGUGGCCUUGGCCAUCCUUUACGGUUUCUGCAUCAUCCCUGAGAACAUCUGCAACAUCAUCACAAUGUACAUGGCAACUAGCAUUCCCAGGGAGACCCUGGACAUCCUGCAUCUGGUCAGUCAGCUCUUGCUGUUCUGCAAGUCUGCAGUGACCCCUGUCCUGCUGUUCUUUCUGUGCCAACCGUUCACCAGAGCCUUUCUGGACUGCUGCUGCUGCUGCUGCGAGGAGUGCAGCCCACCCCACAACAGAGAAGUUGAAAAUGAAUGUCCCACAGCUGAGCUGGAGCUCUCACCAUUUAGCACCAUCCACAGAGAGCCCUCCACCUCCGCUGCUUACUCUGCUUUGGGGACACACUGCUGAGAUCAGCGCUACUGCAUGACUGAUCGGCUCCAAGCUGUUUCAUUCUGAGACCCCAACUUGAUGCCAGCUGACAGACUCAUAACGAAAGUGUCUGUCUAUCCAGUGUUUGCUGAAAUUGAUUUCAGCCCAAAUCCAUGAAACCUUUUUUUAAUAGUAGAAGGUUUCUGUUAUUUUUCUCAAGGUAUUGCCAUCCUCAUAGCAUCAUACUUUUUACAUGUAGAGUAGCCCUCUAGAAGCAACACAUUUCAGAAUCUGGAAUCACCGAUAUGGAAGAGCAGCCUGCCUGCAGCCUGUUUUGAUCUCUUUGGAGAGAAAAUAUGAAAGAGGCAGUAUUGUGUAAAAUCAAACUUUUUGAGCUUUACCUCAUGUUAUAAUGUUUUUCCCUAUCAAAAACAUACCUGGAGUGUUGCUGUGAUUCUUUCAUGCCUGUUUGAGUAAUCCUUUAAUCUCCAUGGCAACUGCCUUCAAGACGCAGCUCCUCUCUGAAGCUGCAGUCUCCAGCUGAGCUUCCCUCU